UAUAUAAAUAUUGUCGUUAUUUCCUCCAUUUUUCUCCCUCUUCUCCCAAAUAAAAAAAGUUACUCAGAUCUCACGAUUUGAGCAGAAUACGCAAUGAGGACACCGACGACGAUUCUCCUUCUUGUCGGAGCUAUCCUCUUCUCCGGCGCCGGCUAUGUCAGAUCCGACGCCUCCGACCACCGUUACAAGGAAGGAGACACCGUUCCUCUCUACGCCAACAAGGUCGGCCCAUUUCACAAUCCAAGUGAGACGUAUCGAUAUUUUGAUCUUCCCUUCUGUAUCCCAGAGGGUGUGAAAGAGAAGAAGGAAGCUCUUGGCGAGGUUCUAAACGGGGAUCGGCUAGUUAGCGCUCCAUACAAGCUCAACUUCAGAGAUGAAAAAGAGUCUGAGGUAUACUGCAACAAGAAGUUGAGUAAAGAAGAGGUCAAACAGUUCAGAAAAGCUGUUGAGAAGGACUACUACUUCCAGAUGUACUAUGAUGAUCUACCUAUCUGGGGAUUCAUUGGAAAGGUUGACAAGGAUAUCAAAUCUGAUCCGAGUGAAUUCAAAUAUUUCUUGUACAAGCACAUUCAGUUUGAGAUUCUAUACAAUAAGGACCGUGUGAUCGAGAUCAGUGCUAGAAUGGAUCCUCAUUCGCUUGUGGAUCUCACUGAGGAUAAGGAAGUUGAUGCAGAGUUUAUGUACACUGUGAAGUGGAAGGAAACUGAGACUCCUUUUGAGAAAAGAAUGGAGAAGUACUCUAUGUCUUCUUCUCUUCCACAUCAUUUGGAAAUCCACUGGUUCUCCAUUAUUAACUCCUGUGUCACUGUCCUUCUUUUGACUGGAUUCCUUGCAACUAUCUUGAUGCGAGUCCUCAAGAACGAUUUCAUGAAGUAUGCUCAAGAUGAGGAAGCUGCUGAUGAUCAAGAGGAAACUGGAUGGAAGUACAUUCAUGGCGAUGUGUUUCGGUUCCCUACUCACAAUUCUUUAUUUGCUGCAUCGCUCGGUAGUGGCACUCAAUUGUUCACGCUCACCAUAUUUAUUUUCAUGCUUGCUCUUGUUGGAGUGUUCUACCCAUACAACCGAGGAGCACUCUUUACCGCUUUGGUGGUCAUUUACGCUCUCACUUCUGGAAUUGCCGGAUACACAUCUGCCUCUUUCUACUGUCAACUUGAAGGAAAAAGCUGGGUGAGGAACUUGUUACUCACUGGAUGUCUCUUCUGUGGCCCAUUAUUCCUAACCUUUUGCUUCCUUAACACCGUAGCCAUCACCUACACUGCAACCGCUGCAUUACCCUUUGGAACCAUUGUGGUGAUCGUCCUUAUAUGGACUCUAGUUACCUCACCUUUACUCGUUUUGGGUGGUAUCGCGGGUAAAAACAGCAAAGCAGAGUUCCAAGCACCAUGCCGUACAACCAAAUAUCCUCGUGAGAUUCCACCACUCCCUUGGUACAGAAGUGCUAUUCCUCAGAUGGCCAUGGCUGGUUUUCUUCCUUUCAGUGCCAUCUACAUCGAGCUUUACUACAUUUUCGCUAGUGUCUGGGGUCACCGGAUCUACACCAUCUACAGCAUCUUAUUCAUCGUUUUCAUCAUUCUCAUCAUCGUCACUGCUUUUAUAACCGUUGCCUUGACUUACUUCCAACUCGCUGCUGAAGAUCACCAAUGGUGGUGGAGAUCAUUCCUAUGUGGUGGAUCGACCGGUUUGUUUAUCUACGCAUACUGCUUAUACUAUUACUACGCACGAUCAGACAUGUCGGGUUUUAUGCAAACCUCGUUUUUCUUCGGAUACAUGGCUUGCAUUUGCUACGGAUUCUUCUUAAUGCUCGGAACAGUUGGCUUCCGCGCAGCCCUCCUCUUUGUCCGUCACAUUUACCGGUCGAUCAAAUGCGAGUAAGAAGGUCUGUACACCAAUCUUCUUAUGUUGAUUUCCUUCUUCUUCUUCUGCCUUCUUACGAAUUUUGCUUAGAACAAAGAAGAUAAAGAGAUAGGUUGUUAGAAAGAAGAGAGACACAAAGACAAUGUCUGAUUAUUUUCUAAAGAAGCAUCUCUUCUCAUUAGAGGUUUUAGCGAGAGUCUCUCUUCUUCUCUCUUUAUUUUGGGCUACAGAAAUUAAAUUACUUGUAUCCUUUCUAUAUAUUUUACCUAUUGUAAAAGACUAUCAAUACCUUUGAAUUCGAGUUUCUUUGUAUCUAAUAAAUUUCAAAACACACAUAUUUUCUCCUUCAUAUAUAUCUUCAGUCUAUACUGCACAAUAAAAAUAAUAAUUUGAAGAUGUAACUAAAUAAAUAUUGG